ACAGUUCUAGACCUAAGCUGAAUUUCUUUCGAGACUAGCAAUAAUGGCAGCCCUUGUGGGCCUUUUUCGUGUAUUGUCGCAUAGGUUGAAGUUGGUAGAAUUCCUGAAAAUAACUGGAACUUCCUCCAUUGUUGGACUACUUGUAAUCUUUAUGUCCUUCCAAGUUCUGGUGUGUAUAGGCAGUAUUGAGUCUAGGAAUUCCCCGGAAUGUAACAAACCUUUCAACUGCGGCCUCGUCCGAGAUCUGAGGUAUCCGUUCCGGCAAAGGGGUAGCCCGGCGUAUUGCGGGGAGCUGGGAUUCGAGAUGUAUUGUGAGGGUGGUAGUCCCAUGAUUAUAAUCAGUUCACGGAGUUACCAAGUUCUGGUAUACAAUACCACCCUCAAAUCUCUUACACUUGCUCCUAUGAGUAGCUCGGAUAGCGUGCUUUGUCCCCGGCGCCUCGUCAACACCUCGUUGAAUCUCAGCCCUUUCCAGGCUGCUUGGAAUACCCAGAACAUAUCGCUUUAUUACGGUUGCCCCACCGAUGUGAAUCGGUAUGAAGGGCUUUCUAAUCAUCAGUUCAAUUGCAGCAUGAAUGGAACUGAUACCAUAGGGUAUUUUGUGGUCACAUCGUACUUUUCUAACCUCUCGGUUGCAACGAAGGAUGCCUUGAGAUCAUGUCGUACCAAUGUUCUUGUCCCGGCUUUCGCUUCAAUACUACAGGUUUUAGAGCACAACCCGGGUCCAGCUAAUCUGAAUGUCACCCUUGCUAAUGGCUUUGGGGUGCAAUGGGAUCAAAACGAUCCCAUCUCAGGGUCAUCAAAUGGUUUCAAUUCAAAGUUUAAGUUAGCCAUAGGCUUCGGAGUGGCCGGAGUUGUUUUGGUAGUUGCGGCUUUGAUGGUAACUUUCCAGAUUAAAAAAGAAUCACUGUCAAGAGGAGUGUUAUUGAAGUUACAACGAGGGAAAAGGAAGCAAUGGGAAAGGAUUGAGGCAUACAUAUUGCAGUAUGGUUCUGAACUUGCUCCGAAGCGAUAUUCUUAUGCAAACAUCAAGAAAAUAACCAAGUCAUUCAAAGACGAACUAGGUCAAGGUGGAUUUGGAACUGUAUAUAAAGGUACGUUACCCGAUGGCCGACUUGUUGCCGUAAAAGUCCUAAAUGAAGCCAAGGGGAGUGGAGACGAGUUCAUAAAUGAGGUGGCUAGCAUUAGCCGAACCUCUCAUGUUAAUAUAGUGGCAUUUGUUGGUUUCUGCUAUGAUCUCUACAUACGAGCUCUAAUCUAUGAAUUCAUGCCCAAUGGAUCGUUGGAUAAGUUCAUCUGCCAUCGAGAUUCUCCGGAUAGACCUAAUCAGCUCGAAGUGAAAACGUUAUACGAUAUCGCAAUCGGCAUUGCCAGAGGAUUGGAAUACUUGCAUCAAGGCUGCAACACGAGGAUCCUACACUUCGACAUAAAACCUCACAAUAUCCUUCUAGAUGACAAUUUUUGUCCCAAAAUUUCAGAUUUCGGGCUAGCUAAACUAUGUGAGCGGAAGGAGAGUAUAAUUUCCACGAUAAGUGCUAGAGGAACUAUUGGAUAUAUUGCUCCAGAGGUGAUAUGCCGAAGCUUCGGAGGAAUCUCGCACAAAUCCGAUGUUUAUAGCUACGGGAUGAUGCUCCUUGAAAUGGUCGGAGAAAAAGAAAAUAUCCAUAGUCAAACCAGUAAUCAGAAUUUUCCGAUAUGGAUUUACGAUUGUCUUAAAGGAGGAGCAGACUUGAAUCUUGAAGGAAUGACAGCCGAAAAUGAAGAACUAAUCAGAAAGAUGAUCAUAGUGAGUUUGUGGUGCAUUCAAAGUAAUCCAUCAGAUCGACCAUCGAUUACUCAGGCCUUCGAGAUGUUGCAAGGAAGCAUCGGAUCUCUGACGAUUCCUCCGACACCAUUCCUUUAUUCUCCUCCGAAAUCACCUGAAGACACCUUCACAUCAUCAUUUUUCAGACCAUCCAACAUUCCAAUGGAAUACAGUGGAUAUGGUUUGUCUAGUAUGUCAAAUAAAUUGUGAGAUAGAUAUGUGUAUGAUUAUGAACUCGUUUACUUGGUGAAUAUUGGGUUACUUUCUUUUCGUAGUAUGUUGAACACAGUUUUUUUGUGAAUACAUGACAAAUGAUGAUCAAUGUAUUCAUCUUUUUUAGCCCUGGAUGUAGUAAAGUUUUUUUUUUUU